GCGGACGGACUCUUUUAAACUGUGACACAGAAAGCUGCAGCGUUUCCGGCCAGCUCAGCGCAUCAGCCCGUGGUGUGUUGUCAUUUUUACAGCCUGUCACACUCACACACGAGCUGCCGCCGAGUGUUACCUGUCCACCUGUACGCGAUCAGCGAGGGAGCCGCGGAGACAAACACCGGGGACACACUUCAGGAGAGAUGGUGCUGCUGACGAUGAUCGCUCGGCUGGCGGACGGGCUGCCCUUAGCCGCGUCAAUGCAGGAGGACGAGCAGGGAAGUGAAAAGCUGGGUCGGGACCUUCAGCAGUAUCAGAGUCAAGCUAAGCAGCUCUUCAGGAAACUCAAUGAUCAAAGUCCAUCACGCUGUACUUUAGAGGCUGGGUCCAUGUCGUUUCACUAUUUUAUAGAGAAAGGAGUGUGCUACCUUGUGCUGUGUGAAGCCAGCUUUCCAAAGAAGCUGGCCUUCGCUUACCUAGAAGACCUGCAGGCAGAGUUUCAUGAGCAGCAUGGAAAGAAGGUCCCCACUGUUUCCCGGCCCUACUCCUUCAUUGAGUUCGACACCUACAUCCAAAAAACCAAGAAGUCGUACAUAGACAGUAGAGCGAGGAGGAAUCUGGGCAGCAUCAACACAGAGCUCCAGGACAUACAGAGGAUCAUGGUGGCUAACAUAGAGGAGGUGCUGCAGAGAGGAGAGGCUCUCUCUGCAAUAGACUCCAAAGCCAGCAACUUAUCCAGCCUGUCGAAGAAGUACAGGAGUGACGCCAAGUAUCUGAACACCCGCUCCACCUAUGCCAAGCUGGCAGCUGGUGGUGUCUUUUUCAUCAUGCUCAUUGUCUAUGUACGUUUCUGGUGGCUCUGAGAGAGAGGGAAACGAGAAGAAGGAGAAGACGGAGAAGAGGAGGAAGAAAGGAAGGAGGUAUUGAGGUGGAAAACGAGCUGCACAGAGUCUGCAGACGCUACGAAAAGCUGUCACCUUCGACUAGAAAAAAACAACAAAAAAAAUAACAGGAUCCCUGCUCUUAAUAAGACUUUGCAGACAUACCACCGCCCAUUUUGUUCUCGCCUGUCCAUGGAUGUGUGAUCUGAAUAUAAAUGAUGUCAUAAUACAUAGUUUUAUUCUUAACAAUUACUCAGUAAUGCGCUAGUAGUCGCCCUGGAGAGGGAUUAGGAGUAAAAUGAGCGAGCGUGUGUGCGUGUGUGAGUUUUAAGGAAAAAUGAAGAGAAAUUUCCUUUUUUGUGAGAUUCCAAAGCUGUACUGUACUGUAACAGGACUGAAUUACUCUUGUAUAUGUCUAAUAAUACAGAAAAGAGCAAAAAAAACAACAAC